UGUUAAGCUCGGACCAUAUAUAUUCCCUUAUAGAUGAAUGGAUGAUGAUCGCAAACUACCUGCAUCACAGUCUCACAGUUGUUACCUGUCCAAAGGCCAAAAGCCUUUGUUUGACAUGCCGCCUAAAACACGGCCGCGUGUCCAAAGGCCCAACGCACCUCCUAAAACGCCGCCACGUUUCUCACUCACUGCAUGGCGGUUUUCAUUCCCCCUGUCCCCUAUCCCCUCGCUCUAACCACUGUUAUAUUUCCCUCAAUCCGUUCCCCGGAGCUCUCAAAAAAUCUCUGUUCUCUAAUCAUCGCCGGAAAUGGAGAAGAGAAACGCGGAGUUGCUGUUACUUUGGCUGGCGGCGGCGGUGCUGUGCUGGUGUUCGCAGGAGGGAGCGGCGGGGAGUUCUAAGGAUACACAGAAUUCAGCCGCUACAGAUAUGGGGAUCAACGCCUCCCAAUAUUCACAAGCGCAGCUGUUCCCAGGCCAUAAUCGCCAACCUCUUCGAGAGACUGAAGAAGAUGGAGCGCAGAGAUUGGUUCACAGUGCAGAAACACUAAGAUAUGCUUCUGGAAAAGCUAAUGAGAUGGGAGAUAUGGCAUCUGAAAAACUAUUAGGCUUCAAAAACAUUGUUUCGGGCAUGGCUGGUGGUUUGAAGGCAAAAGUGAAGGAUAAAGCUUUUGAUGCCUCUGCCUUUUGCUCCGAGAAAGCAGAACAAGGAAUAGACAUGGCUUCAAACGUAUCCACCGAUGCUUCAGACAUUAUGAAUCAGGCUGGGGACAUGAAAGAUAAAGCAUCUGGCAAAGCCAAACAAGCAAUAAAACUGGGUUCAGAUAAGGCUGCAGAUGAAAAAUCAGAAGCCUUUAAAAGAUACCAGCAUGCCAAAUCAGAGGUUUAUGAAACUUGUGCAUCUGCCCAGGAUACCAUGACUGAACAAGCCAAGGAGAAAUAUGAACAAGCCAAAGAGAGAGCUUCACAAGCUACUGGUGAACUUGGAGCAAAGAUGAGAGAAUCUGCCCCCUCUUAAAUCAUAACAAGUUAAUUACAUCAUAUGCUGUACUAUAUAUAUUACUGUUCUUUGUCUAGCAUGAUGUCCUUUGGUUAAUAGAACAAAUUUUCAUGGUUUCCUAGUUUCUAA